AUGGCGUCGAUGAUGUUUACCGACUGCUCCUCCUCCACGACGUCACGUCUCAUCCAUUUCAACCGCUGCACCGGUACUAUCCUCCGCCGUCAGUCCGCCGGCCAACUUCGCCUACCGACCACUGCGCCUGGUCGCCGUAGCUGCUCUCUCUCCAUUCGUUCCUCUUCUUCUCCCACUCCUGCCAUUUCAGCGGUUACAAAUUCAGAGGCUUCGGCCAUUGUAAUUGAUGGAAAGGCUGUGGCGAAAACGAUUAGAGAUGAGAUCACAAUUGAAGUUUCGAGAAUGAAGGAAUCAACCGGUGUGGUUCCUGGGUUAGCUGUAAUCCUUGUUGGGGACAGGAAAGACUCGGCAACUUACGUGAGGAACAAGAAGAAAGCUUGUGAUUCUGUUGGAAUCAAAUCAUUCGAAGUUUGUCUACCUGAAGAUUCCUCAGAGGAAGAGGUGUUGAAAUCUGUCUCAGGCUUCAACAGUGAUCCUUCUGUCCAUGGAAUCCUUGUUCAGUUGCCUCUUCCAUCGCAUAUGGAUGAACAGAACAUAUUGAAUGCUGUUAGUAUAGAGAAAGAUGUUGACGGAUUUCACCCGUUGAAUAUUGGACGGCUUGCCAUGCGGGGAAGAGAACCAUUGUUUGUUCCAUGUACUCCAAAAGGAUGCAUUGAGCUGUUGCACAGAUACAACAUUGGGAUCAAAGGAAAGAGAGCUGUUGUUAUCGGGAGGAGUAACAUUGUUGGUAUGCCAGCUGCUCUCUUACUCCAGAGGGAGGAUGCAACCGUUACCAUGAUCCAUUCAAGAACCAAGAACUCUGAAGAGAUCACGAGACAGGCUGAUAUCAUAAUCUCAGCUGUUGGGCAGCCGAACAUGGUCAGAGGGAACUGGAUCAAACCUGGUGCAGUCAUCAUCGAUGUUGGGAUAAAUCCUGUUGAGGAUACAAAUGCUCCUCGUGGAUAUCGAUUGGUUGGAGACAUUUGCUAUGAGGAGGCUUGCAAAGUUGCAUCAGCCAUCACACCUGUUCCUGGUGGUGUUGGACCAAUGACCAUAGCCAUGCUUCUAUCCAACACUCUAAUUUCAGCCAAGAGAAUUCACAACUUCCAGUGA